AGAGGGGGGCACGAGGUCAAGGUGCUCUCCGCCUUCCACCACUACGAGCCCGAGGCGGUGGCUGUCAUCGGGCCGGAUAGCACCCCGCUCACCCUCACCACGGCAUCCGUGCUCGGCGUCUUCCUUGUGCCGUCGAUCAGCUAUGAAGUCUCCAUGGCGUCGAUGAGCCUGAAGCGGUUCUACCCCUCGUUCAUGCGCACCAUUCCCAGCGACAGGCAGCAAGUGAAGGCCAUCUUCCAGCUGCUGCAGCACUUCGGGUGGACCCUGGUCAAGAUCCUCGUGGAUACCAAGGUCAACGUGACCGUCGUCUUCUCCAGCAGACAAAACGCCCGCUCCUUCUUUGAGGUGGUGGUCCAGAGGAAUGUCACAGGCAUGGUGUGGGUGGGCUCCGAGGACUGGUCAUUAGCCAGAGCCGUGUGGCAGGUGCCUGGCAUCCAGCGCAUCGGCUUGGUGCUUGGGAUAUGGCAGAGGAAGGCACUCAGGCUGAAUGUGCCGGCAGCACGCCACGGCCUCCAUGACCUGCUGGGCUGCGCCUCGGGGACGUGCAGCAAGGGCCCGGUGUACCCCUGGCAGCUCCUACAAAAAAUCAAGCAAGUAAACUUCACCCUGUACAAGAGCCACAUCUCUUUUGACGCCACUGGGGACAUUCGUAAAGGCUACAACAUCGUCAUGUGGAAAUGGAAUGGCCCAAGCUGGGCUUUCGGUGUGAUAGGAACCUUCCGCGUGAACCCUGACAGGCUGAGCGUUGACGAUGACAAGAUCCUGUGGCACACGGAAGACGGCCAGGCUCCCACCUCGGUGUGCACCAAGCCCUGUCAGCCGGGGGAGAGGCGGCAGCAGUGGAACCGCCACCGAUGCUGCUUCAACUGCGUGGCCUGUCCAUCAGGAACCUUCCUGAACAGAUCCG